GAUGACAAUUGGUAACUAUGCUCUCUAGUCGCACAGCGCUACAAGCAGGGAAAAAGAACUAUGACAACGCGGACGACGGUUCCGCAUUGAUGGAUUUGGUAGAACACGUAUAUGGAAAAAUCGAACCUCAUAUUGGGUGCGAUGGACUUGAAAUCGAGGUGCGACUGUGCUCGCAUCAGGUUCCCACUACAGAGCUGCUCCAGCCUUUCACCAUAAUUUCAAGGCAGUGUGGUCCUCGGCCAGGGAAAAUCAAGGUGGGUGUCACUAAGGAUGGCUUUGAAGCUAUCAAAAAGUAUUUGAUUGAAACCAAGACGGAUACCGAACACCCGCCUCUUCAGGCCUUUACAGAGGAUGUCAUAUUGAAUUCUAAGCGAUAUUCGUAUGACAUAAUUGGCUCCGGAACAGAACGCGUACGGAAGCUUGCAGCUGUAAUGGUUAAGCGCCGCCUCCAUGUGGUGGAUGUAGCGGUCAAUCAAAAAGGGAGCCAUUACGAUUUGCGUUUCUCUGUUAGCUUGGAAUCAGGAGUGAGUACGCCUGCACAACCUCCUAUGAGCAAAAUGAACUCAUACACACGUUUCAAAGAACGGAUGAGCAUCGAAGAUGACUUGUUUCGAUAUGACCUAACCCAAGUGCAUGCAUCUGGUGAGGAUGUCAGUUACGAAGUCGAAAUAGAGGGUUGUUUUAAGGGCAGAAAUGCAAGAGAGGAGCUGACUCGAGAGUGGCUAGCAGAACUUACACAGCGUGUAUUGAAACUAGCAGAAAUCGCUUCAAAAUGAUUAAGUUAUGCUCUAUUUGAAGCCAAUACUAAUUGAUAAUGUGGAAAAAAAGUUGUGUGGAUGGCCAUUUCAUGGCAUUUUUUCUCUCA